AUGUUCAAAGCAUAACUUAAAAGUUUUGGCAAUAGAUUUUAAAUAAUCUACUGUCGAUUAGGAUAAAUAUCUGUGUAUGAAGUGUCUAAUGGAAAAAAUCGACACUUAAGAAAUUUUUUAUUAGAGGAGACUAAAAUAAUGAUAAAUUAAAUGAAGAGUGAAUAGUUGAACAAAAAGGUCGAAGAGUAUUAAAAAAUGAUUGAAUCCUUUUAAUAAAUUCAAUCCUUAGUGAAAGAAUUGAAAAUAUCAAUCAACAAAACAAUAGAAAAAGUUUAAUCUAACUUAAACCUAAUAGAAAAUGAACUGAUGAAAUCAAAACCAAAUAUUUAAGUUUCUUCUUUUGAAGAAGACAUGAAGGUGUUAUUGAAGAAUUACAAAGAUCCAUAUAGUUUUGAAGUUCCUUAGUAAUUGUUAACAUCUAUUAAUUACAAUAUCUACAUAGAAUCAAUAUAAUAAUAGUUAGAAUCAUUAAUUAAAUGUCCUAUUUUUAAUUAGAUCUUUGAAGCAUUAUAAAAAAUAAAAGUUGAGGAAGACUAAUUAGAAGUUAAGCCAUUCAAAUAAAUCUUUAUUGAGGAAAGCCCAUACGUAAUUUCUAACUUAUAUAUUAAAUAGAAAACACCAGGUUUGAAUAUUUAAUGUAAUAAACAUGGAAAGGAAAUUAUUAUGUUUAACUUAAAUCCUGAGAAAACUGAGUUUUCGAGACUUAUUUGUGUGGAGUGUAUAUAAUCAAAUAAUCCAAUCAAAUAUACAACAUUAAUUGAUACUAAUAUUCAAUGGAAUGAAUAUCUAGGAUAGAAAAGUGUUAAGGUUUAACAAUUUGAGCAAUAAAGAAAUUCAAAUUCUACAUAGAUCCUUUAGAUUCUUGAAGAACUUAAAGAAAAACACCAUUCUACAAUUUCAGACAUUAUCGAUUAGAUUAACAUUAAUUACUCAAAGAUUGAAAAAAAUGAGUUUUAUUAGAUUAAUAACAAAAGUAUCUACAAUAUGAGUAUUGAAUAACUUAAUGAAUUAGCUGAAAUACUAAGCUAGAAAGAUAAAUUAAAAAAUUUAACUGAAAAGCAAUAUAGCAUUUAGAAAGAAGACUUUAAUAAACUGGAAAUCAUAUCAACUAGUUUAGGAAAAUUAUAAAGAAAAAGGUUAAAGGCGACUAAUAAGAUUAAUAAAAUUUACAAGGAAUAAUUUAUAAAUAUUAUUGAAGAUAAAGAUUAAAAAAAUGAAAUUUUACAAGAAGAAGAAAAUGAAAUUUCUAAUUUGCAAUAAAUUAAGUAACUUAAUUUAUAACUAAAAAAUUUAAAAAUAUUUUAGGAUAUCUUAUAGGAAGCAUAAUCUUAGUAUGAAUCAGUAAUUAAAACAAUAAAUGCUUUAUCAAUUUUAUUUAAAAAUUAGCAAUUGUAGAAAGUAAAUAUAUAUAAAUAAUAAUUAGUUUAAUGAAUAUGUAUUUUAGUUUGAGCAAGAUUUUUCAAUAAUAAGAAAACUAAAAUAUUUUGAUAAUAUAGAAGCUGAACUUAACCUAUUGAGAAAAGAUAAUUAAUCACUGUAAAAUAGACUCACAGAAAGUGAAAAAUAGAACUAAUAAAAAAUAAUUGAAAUAGACAAACAAAAUAUAGAAUAAAUGUUAAUGAUUGCACUAUUAAGGGAUCAAAAGGAAGUACUUGGAACAAAAGUAAAAGAACUUGAAUAAUAAAGUAAUAAUUAAAUUUUUAUUUGAAAGAUAGAUAAAUUGAAGUUAAUCUUAAAGAAAAACAAUAAUAGUUGGAAAGAUUCUAACAUUCAAAUCAAAAGAAUAAAAAAAUAGUCAAAUAAUUAUAAUUAACUUUGGUAAAAGUAAAAUCUAAAUUUGAAGUUGAACUUGUAAUUCUCUUAAUAAUUGACAUUCUCAACAACUUAUAAACAUAAUAAUUGUUAAGUAACUUAAAAUGGAAAAGUUAUUGAGAAUGAUUCUGGUUAAUGGAGUUGUUGUAUGUGUGAUUAAAUGAUUCCUAAGAAUGGUAUCAUUUUAUCUGCUUUUUAAAUUAUUGAAAAUACUUAUAUUAUGAUUGGAAUUGGUUUUAGGGAUAUUGUGUAGAGUAAGGGUUAUAGUAAUUGUCAUUCUAUUGGAGGAGGGUAUGUUUAUUAUAUUAAUAGUUGAUAAAUAGAACAUAUAAUAUAUAUAAUGAGGGUCAUUGUUAUAAUCAUGAUUAAUAAGAUAAAAAUGAUAAAUAGAUAUCAUUUCCAUUUUCAACAAAUGAUAUUAUAAUAGUUGAAGUGGAUAUCUAAAAGAAAUACAUAAAAUGGACAAAAUAAUCCACAAAUCAAUCAUUUGUAUCAAUAUCAAAUUUUUAUUAUUAGACUCUGACUAUUGAUACAUCCAAAGAUUUAUAUCCAUGUGUACAUUUACAUAGCAGAUGUAAAAUAAAGAUAUUAAAUUAAAUAUUUAGAUGA